AUGGACAACUUCACCCCAUACAACGGCCAGCCGCCAUCCAAUGGUUCUGGUUCUCAGGGCGACGGCGCCUCGCAAGGUGGUAUGCCCCCUCUGCCUCCCAAUGGUCAGGGUGGUGGGGACGCCGCCGGUGGCUUCGGUGGAAGUGAUCCCGCUCGCCAGACCCUGUGGAUGGGUGAGCUAGCUGGUUGGAUGGAUGAGCAGUUCGUCCGCUCCAUUUUUGCCUCUGCAAUGAACGAGACUGUGCAAGUCAAGAUCAUCCGCGACCGUCACUCUGGUAACGCUGGCUACUGUUUCGUCGAGUUUUCCACCACCGAGGCCGCCCAGAAGGCGCUACAGCUAAAUGGCUCGCCCGUUCCCAACACCGAUCGCCACUUUCGCCUGAACUGGGCAUCCGGUGGUGGACUGGUUGAUCGUCGCGAUGAUCGCAGCCCUGAGUUCUCUAUCUUUGUUGGCGAUCUCGGCCACGAAGUCAAUGAGUUUGUUCUGGUCGCCUUGUUCCAGGCUCGUUUUCCAUCGUGCAAGUCUGCCAAGAUUAUGACCGAUCAGCAGACUGGCCAGUCGCGCGGUUACGGUUUUGUGCGCUUUAGUAACGAGCAGGACCAGCAGCGCGCUCUCGUCGAGAUGCAAGGCGUUUACUGCGGCAACCGACCGAUGCGCGUUUCGCCGGCCACUCCCAAGAACAGAAGUCACCAGGGUGGUCAGUUCCAGAACUUUGGUGGCCACCAGAUGAUGCCUCCCUCGGCUGCCGUCCAACCUCAGACCAUGGGAGGUCCAUGGGUCCAGCAGCAGCAGGGCUUCGGUUUUCAGCAGGGCGGUGCUGGCUACAACCCCAUGGUCAUGAAUCAAUUUACUGACCCCAACAACACCACCGUCUUCGUCGGCGGUCUGUCCGGAUACGUUACCGAAGAUGAGCUUCGCUCGUUCUUUCAAGGAUUUGGGGAAAUCACCUACGUCAAGAUUCCUCCUGGCAAGGGCUGUGGCUUCGUCCAAUUCGUUCACCGCCAUGCUGCAGAGAUGGCCAUCAACCAGAUGCAGGGUUAUCCCAUCGGAAACUCGCGUGUCCGCCUCUCUUGGGGCCGUUCUCAGAACAACUCAGGCGUAGGUACUCCAUACCGUCCUGCUCCUCCUCCCCCGCACUAUUUCCCUCCUGGCCCUCCUGGUCCCCCCGGCCCCGGCUUUGGGGGACCUGGUUUUGGCGGCAACGGGCACCAAGGACCCCCUCCUGGUGGACUUGGUCCUCAGUAA